ACGUAUUUUCCUGGGCGGGGACAGUAAAAUGGCGCCAGAACUAGUGGCGGGCUGAGCACACUGGGUCAUUCGAAGCUGGCCCUGCGGUCCCCGGGCCGACCCGGCCCCUCCCGGACAUGGAGGACGUGGAGGCGCGCUUCGCUCACCUCCUGCAGCCCAUCCGCGACCUCACCAAGAACUGGGAGGUGGAUGUGGCGGCCCAGCUGGGCGAAUAUCUUGAGGAGCUGGACCAGAUCUGCAUUUCUUUUGACGAAGGCAAAACCACAAUGAACUUCAUUGAGGCAGCACUGCUGAUCCAGGGCUCCGCUUGUGUCUACAGUAAGAAGGUGGAAUAUCUCUACUCGCUGGUCUACCAGGCUCUCGAUUUCAUCUCUGGCAAGAAGCGGGCCAAGCAGCUCUCCUGUGAGCGGGAAGACGGGCCCAUUGGGGAUGCCGGCUCCAGGGCCCCCCAGGAAGUGGAGUAUGAGUUCCUGUCGUUGGAUGACCUCUCUGAUUCCCGUGCUAACGUGGAUCUGAGGAGUGACCAGGCCCCUAGUGAGACCCUCAUCGUCCCCCUCCUGCCCAUGGCCCUGGUAGCCCCUGAUGAGAUGGAGAAGUGUAAUAACCCGCUGUACAGCUGCCGGGGGGAGGUCCUGGCCAGCCGGAAGGACUUCAGGAUGAAUACGUGCGCCCCCCACCCCAGAGGAGCCUUCAUGUUGGAGCCGGUGGGCAUGUCCCCCACGGGGGCGCUGCUGCCGAGGAACCAGAAGGAGGCCUCUGGGAGGGCUGAGGAGCAGCCAGUGGAAGUCUCUGUGUGCAGGAGUCCAGUCCCGCUGCUCAGCGCCUCCCAGGAGCCAGGCACCACUCCAGAAGGCCCAGUGCCCGGAGGUGGGGGUGAAGAAGAGGAUACAGAGUGGGCAGCAGAGCCCCCCGAGGCCUCGGCCCCUGAGGUCCCGAUGGAGCCGCAGGAGCCCAGGAGCCCAGAGCAGAGUGCGGCCCAGCCCAGGAGGUGUGCACUACGGGAGCAAAGGGAGGCCCUGGAGCCUGCGUCCCGGCUGAAGGUGAGGGCUGGUGGGGCCUGGACCCCCGGCAGGGAGGGUAUGCUUGAGGCCCCUCUGCAGUGGCUGUCUUUCGAGCAAUCUUCUUCCCCAGAAUUGGACCUCUCUCCUGCAGCCCCAGGGCACCUCCCUCCCUAUGUCUCUCGACUGGGGGGAGGGUGCACGUCCUCCACUCUCCUGUGUCUGCUUGUGCUCUGUGCUCAGGAGACCCCAGACCCCUGGCAGGGCCUGGACCCCUUCGACUCCCUGGACGCUAAGCCCUUCAGGAAAGGUAGGCCCUACUCUGUGCCCCCCAGUGUGGAGGAGGCUCCAGGACAGAAGCGUAAGAGGAAGGGUACCGUCAAGCUGCAGGACUUCCACCAGUGGUACCUGGCUGCCUAUGCUGACCACGCUGACAGCAGGAGGCCCCGGCGAAAGGGCCCUUCCUUUGCAGACAUGGAGGUCCUGUACUGGAGGCACGUGAGGGGGCAGCUGGACACCCUCCGGAAGCUGCAGAGGAGGGAGGCAAGCACCGGCCACCGCCUGGACCCCGCUGGGCCCCUUGGUGGGAGACGGCAGUGCCCCUCAGAUGCUCUCUUUGCGCAGGCGGCCGAGCGGUGGCUGCCGAGGGCUCAGGAGGAACCGUGGCCCGCGGAGGAGGACCGGCUGGAGGACUCCCUGGAGGACCUGGGAGCGGCAGCAGGUGACUUUCUAGAGCCCGAGGAGUACGCAGAGCCUGAGGGGGCCGAGCCUGGGGAAGACGCAGACCUGGAAGCGGAAGCCAUGCCGGCCUCCCUAAGCUACGAGGAGCUGGUCCGAAGGAACGUGGAGCUCUUCAUCGCCACCUCGCAGAAGUUCGUCCAGGAGACAGAGCUGAGCCAGCGCAUCAGGGACUGGGAGGACGUCAUCCAGCCCCUGCUCCAGGAGCAGGAGCAGCAUGUGCCCUUUGACAUCCACACUUACGGGGAUCAGGUAGUCUCAAGGUUCAGCCAGCUCAACCAGUGGUGUCCCUUUGCGGAGUUGGUGGCUGGCCAGCCUGCCUUUGAGGUGUGUCGUUCCAUGCUGGCCUCCCUGCAGCUGGCUAAUGACUACACAGUGGAGAUCACCCAGCAGCCGGGGCUGGAGGCGGCGGUGGAUACCAUGUCCCUGAGACUGCUCACGUACCAGCGGGCCCACAAGCGCUUCCAGACCUACGCUGCCCCCUCCAUGGUCCAGCCCUGAGUGGGGAGCACUGAGACUGGGGUUGGGCCCUGGAGCCCUGUCCCCAGCAGGUGCUGGGCAUGCAUCUGCUCACUCCACUUUGCUUCCUGGCUCGCCCAGCCCAAUAAAGUGUUGCCACCCCGCCAA